AUGGAUCCAACAAAACCACUUUCUGCACAACAGCUUCACGCCUAUAUUAAUUUGUUGAAGAAGAUGAAGAGUGAAGGAAAGGACUUGAAUGAUCCGCAGUACAAGAACCUUCAUCAGUUUUUAAAGGCACAAAUGAGUAAUCAUAACAUCCUCAAACAACAAAAUCAACAAGUUGUGAAUACAGUCAUCCCGAAUCCUGUACAGCCUCCUCUCACUUCAGCCAAUGUGCAACAGUUUCAACAACAGCCACAAGUUCCUACUCCUCUCUUUUCUCCACAACAAAAGGAAAGGCUGAAAGCACAAAUCUUUGCUUUCAAGCACCACAUUUCGAAGCGAGAACCUCUUCCGCCAUCCUUGCAACAGGCUGUGAUGGGAAUUAAUGUUGAGAAUAAUUUGAAGGAGUAUGAAGCCUCUUACUUGAACCCAUCAGGAAAGACUGCUCCUCAAGUCCCACCCCCAACCACUCAACCACAGCCUAACAACAAUGUUGUGGUUCCAUCACAACUUUCAGUUUCCCAGCCACCUCGCGUUUUACCAUCAGCUGUUGCUGCCAAUGCGACAUUUAAUGCUGCCGUAUCAGGCACUGUUACCAAUCCAUCAGUACCUGCUACGAGCAAUCAGCCAUCGAUGAGCACUAAGGUUUUAGAUUCCAAGAUAAAUCCAGAUACAGCUCACCAGAGACAACAAGGCUUGGAUCUUCAAACAUUGUACAGAGAAAGAGAGAAGAGAAUUCAAAACAAGAUGAAGAGAAAGUUUGAUUAUCUCAAAUCAUCAUUGAAUACCUUACCUUCAUCUGAACAGCUGAGAUCUGUGAUAGAAAUUAAGCAAUUCCAAUUGCUCAAACAGCAAAAAGAGCUAAGAGCUGACAUUAUCCGCCAAUUAAAAACACAAGCCGCUACUCCCAUAGUAGAUACUCAUGUUGCAAGAGCGAGUCAAAUGGCUACUGACCAAUCAUUGACAAAGAAGAACAAAACACAACAAAAGACGAAGGAAAAGACUUCGAUCAGAUCGAAGAAAUUCUUUACAGACUUGACAAAUGCAAGAAAAAGAAUUAAGGAUUACUACAAGAAUGAUGUUAAAAAGCCUGUUGAAAAACUCAAUAAGGAUCUCGUGACUUUCUUUGAAAAGAAAGCCAAACAAGAAAAGGAAAAAAAGGCAAGAGCUGAAAAGGCCAGAUUGAAAGCCUUGAAGGAAAAUGACGAAGAGGCUUACUUCAAAUUAUUAGAACAAACCAAAGAAGGUAGAUUGACAGAACUACUUAAACAAACCGAUCAAUGUUUGAAGAGUUUAGGAGCUUCUUUGGUCUCAGGAAGAGAUGGAGAACAUGAACCUGAACUCGAGCUUGAUGAAGUGGAAGACGGUGAAAAGAAUAUUUUCAAAAAGUUCUUGCUCAAUCAAAACAAUUACUACAAAGUUGCUCACAGAUUGGUAGAAAAGGUUGAAAAACAGCCUUCCAUUCUAGUUGGAGGAGGAUUGAAGGCAUAUCAAUUACAGGGUCUUCAAUGGCUUGUUUCUCUCUACAACAACAAAAUUAACGGCAUUUUGGCAGAUGAAAUGGGUUUGGGUAAGACCAUUCAAACAAUUUCGCUCCUUUCCUAUCUUUAUGAAUUCAAAAAUAACAAGGGUCCUCAUUUAGUGAUUGUACCAUUAUCUACAAUUGACAACUGGGCUUUGGAAUUUGAAAAAUGGUGUCCAACACUCAAAUUGGUUAGAUAUGGAGGUGAUAAGAAUCAAAGAAAACAAGUGCAAAGCACUUACCUCAAGACCAGAGAUUUCCAAGUCCUUCUCACACAAUAUGAAUAUAUUACAAGAGAAAAAACCAUUCUUAAAAAAAUACCAUGGAACUACAUUAUUAUGGACGAAGGCCAUAGAAUCAAAAAUUCUGACUGUAAAUUAGUGAAGGCAUUAAUGGAAUAUAGCUCCAAAUACAGAGUACUCCUUACAGGUACUCCUCUCCAAAACGAUUUGAAGGAAUUGUGGGCCUUACUAAACUUUUUGCUGCCAAAGAUUUUCGAUAGCUCAGUCAACUUUGAAAAUUGGUUCAACUCUCCUUUUGGUGGUGAUAAGGCUGAAAUGACAGAAGAAGAAAAACUCCUCAUUAUUCACAGACUUCACCAAGUACUUCGUCCUUUCCUUUUGAGAAGAGAAAAAACGGAUGUCGAAGAGCAACUUCCAGAAAAAUCUGAAAAGAUUAUUUACAUUGAUCUAUCGGCAAUGCAAAAGAAGAUGUACACUGACAUUCAAGAUAAGAACAAACUUAAUGUCAACGGAAAGAGACUUAAAAUGCAAUCUCUAAGCAAUACAGUCAUGCAGCUAAGAAAGGUUUGCAACCAUCCAUUCUUGUUCUUUACAGGCUCAGAAGAGUUGAACGCUUUGUCUGACGAAAAGUAUUAUGAAAUGAUGACUAAAUGUUCCGGAAAGUUUGAACUCUUGGACAGAAUUCUUCCCAAGUUUAAAAAGACUGGUCACAGAGUUUUAUUGUUCUCUCAAAUGACCAGCGUGCUAGAUUUGAUGGAAGAAUUUCUCACUCAGAAAAGUUAUCAAUACUUGAGACUUGAUGGAGCUGUUAAAGCCUCAGAAAGAGGCGAUUUGGUCAAAAAGUGGAAUGAAAAGGAUUCUCAAUAUUUUGUUUUCCUUCUCAGUACUCGUUCAGGUGGUUUGGGACUUAACCUUCAAACUGCAGACACAGUGAUCAUGUUCGAUUCUGACUGGAAUCCUCAACAAGAUUUACAAGCUAUGGCAAGAGCUCACCGUAUUGGUCAAACUAAAUCUGUGUUGGUACUUACGUUUGUCACACGUACUCCAGUUGAAGAAAAGAUUAGAGAACGUGCUCAAGCAAAACGUGACGCUGAGGCUAAGGUCAUUAAGGCAGGUAAAUUCAACCAAAAAUCUACUAUCAUGGAAAGAAACGAAAUGCUUGAGACUCUACUUAAGAAAGCCAGCGAUUUCGAAAGUGUACACGAAGCACCUAACGAUGAACAAUUGAAUAACAUGUUGGCUAGAAAUGAUGACGAAUUUGAAAUUUUCCAAAACAUGGACAAAGAGCGAGAACAAGAAGAUUUGAAACAGCAUGGACGUGUUCCAAAUCGCUUGAUGAGUGAGGAGGAACUCCCUGAAUGGAUUAAGGACAAGGAGGUUGAGGAAGGCGAAGCUGAAGAAGUAGAAUAUGGUCGAGGUAGAAGAUCAAGAGGUGACAUUAACUAUGAAGGAGGUAGCGGUGAUGAAAUGGAGGAUGAAGAAGAAGACAACGCUGCUGUACCAGAAGAGGAAGACGAGGACGAACAGGCCGAAGAGGAGGAAGACGAAGAGGAAGAGGGUACCAAAAAGAGAAAGCGAAGAUCUGCCAAGAAGGAAGAGUCUUCCAAAAAGAAGAAGACAACUGCAAAGAGUAAUGGUAAAAGAAAGAAGGCCCAAGAAGAGGAAGAAGAAGAAGAAGAAGAGGACGAGGGAGAGAACGAGGACAUAGAACCUGAAGACUUGAUGAACACUAUUGGUUAUUCUUUUGACAAUACUCCUUAUCAAGAAGUGUACAACAAAUUGGGAACAGGACUUCAACAAAGAUUAUACUCAAUUUUCAUAGAAAUUGCCACUAAACUUGACGAAGAAGAUGGCAGGGCGUUGGCAUUACCUUUCUUGGAACUUCCGGACAGAAAAGAUUUUCCUGACUAUUACGAUCUUAUACACACGCCAAUUUGUCUGAACGACAUCGACAAGAAAAUACGAAAUGGCAUUUACAAACGCGUCGAGGAUAUGGAACAAGAUAUUCAAACAUUGGUUGGGAAUGCUCAAACUUAUAAUCAAGAAGGGUCUGCAAUUUACCAAGAUGCUGAAAUGAUUAGACAAAUUUUCACAAGUAGAAAGAAUGGAAGUCAGUAA